AUGACUGUUGUAGCAUUGUGGUCCUUUUUGGACAGGUCGGACAUACCUUCGUCUCGUCGGAUAAUCUCCUUCCAGGCUUCUCGAUGUCCGGACGACAGGGGUGGGAAUGUCAACCUGACGGGAGGUGGCCAGAAGAAACAAAAGAGGCUGGGUGCUUCGCUUGUUGGCUGUUGGUUGCGCCAAAUUUCAGCCUGCUUUGUGUAG